UUGAGGCGUAAAUGGUGACAGCUCGCGCGUGCGGAUGAUGGCGGUAAAUAACAGCCGAAAGCGAGUGUAAAACAAAACAAAACAACCCUUUAAUAUUUGCCGUAAUUUUAAUUAUUAAAAACAUUUGCCGGCUGUUUCGUGGAGGACUCGCGCGGAGGAGCCGACUAAAAGCUGAUCGGGGGUUUUCGGUGUGAGUUUAUUCUGUAGCUGCGGCUCUUGAACUGGUUUUUGUUCAACGGAUUUAAAGUAACAGAUCUCUCGCGCCGGUAUAAACACACACAAACACACACACACACCGAUCGAGCCCCGGUACCGGAGCCUCCCGGAUCCGCCGAUACCGAAGAUUCCGCGUGUCUCCCGGUGGAGCGUCUUUUGUUCUUGUGUGUCGGGCAUUAUGAAGUCCUGUGAACGGUGCGGCAGCAGGACAUGUGCGCUCUGAUGCUGGAGCUCUCCGUUUCUCACAGAUGAGCGCGGCCAUCAUGGCGUGUGGUUCCUGACUGCUAAUGCUCAUGCGCGUUGGGAGACAUGGAUCGCUGUAAGCAUGUGGCGCGGUUCCGCUUGGGCCACGGCCACUCGAUCCUCAACCCGCAGAUGUGGCGCUGCGUGGACUGCGGCACCACGGAGUCGGUGUGGGCGUGUCUGAAGUGCACUCAUGUGGCGUGCGGUCGCUACAUGGAAGAACACUCGCUGACCCACUUCCAACAGACGCAGCACCCGCUAGCCAUGGACGUACGCGAGCUCGCCGUCUUCUGUUUCGCGUGUGGCGACUACGUGUUGAACGAUAACGUCGAGGGUGACUUGAAGCUCCUCCGCGGGGCGCUAUCAACCGUCCGAAUCCCUGGUCAGCGUUCCCUGCGUUCGUCAACAUCCGACGGCGGGUUUAGAGCGUGCGAUGUUAGAGUGUCACGUCCGUCCGCGCGUACGGCGUUGUGGCACCGACGGAAAACCCUCCUACAAAGUGCGUUACGCCGCUGGAGAAACCGGCAGCAAGACGAAGAGAGGAAGCGUGAGGAAAAGCAAGAGCAAGAACGUGAGGAGAAGCGACGACAACGCAGGGAAGUCAAGAAACGGUUAAUGGGAGAGCUAGUGAAUGUCCCACCGAGGAAAAGCGCGCGGUUGCUAACACAGGCUCCCCGUACGACGCUCGCCCUCAUCCCUCGAAAGUUCCGCGAUCCUCCGGAACGACUGCCUUCGGCUCCCAAACAGCCGCUUUUGUCGGUGUCCGGCAAGACUCUUUCGCGCAAGACAAGUCGUUUACGCCGAUAUCACGCGUCGCAGUCGGCGCGGCGCAGGAAGCUAGCGCCGGGAGUCACUGGACUUCGCAAUCUUGGGAACACGUGCUACAUGAACUCCAUCCUUCAGGUUUUGAGCCAUUUGCAGAAAUUUCGGGAGUGUUUCCUCACGCUGGACUUGUGCGAGACCGAGGAGCUCCUCGCUAAGACUAACCAAUCACAAGGUGUGGGGGGCGGAGCCAGGACCCUCGCUACGCUAGUCCCGCCCAGUUUGAGCUCAGCAGAACUGGUGCAACCGAAAGAGCCGCGGUCCUCGUCUCGACAGAAGAUGUCCUUGUGUCACGAGUUGCACACGCUCUUCCGGGUCAUGUGGUCGGGCCGGUGGUCGCUAGUGUCUCCGUUCGCUAUGCUACAUUCCGUGUGGAACCUGAUUCCAGCGUUUCGCGGAUACGACCAGCAGGACGCGCAGGAGUUCUUGUGCGAGCUUCUGGAUAAAGUCCAGCAGGAACUGGAGUCGGACGGACCGAAGAAGCACUUCUUAAUCCCGCUCACACAGCGGAAACUGUCCAAACAAGUCCUCAAAGUGCUCAACACUAUCUUCCACGGACAGCUGCUCAGCCAGGUCACGUGUCUGUCCUGCAAGCGCAAGUCGAACACGGUGGAGCCGUUCUGGGAUCUGUCUCUGGAGUUCCCGGAACGAUACCACCGCAUGGAGAAGCCCAGCGCCGCGUGUCAGCGGAGCUGCUCCCUGUCCGAGAUGCUCGCCAAGUUCACGGAGACCGAAGCCUUGGAGGGCUGCAUUUACGCCUGCAACUUCUGCAACCGAAAGCGCCGCAAAUCGUCCCACAAGCCCCUGUCUCUCUCAGAGGCCUGUAAGCAGUUACUCAUCUGCCGUUUACCUCAGGUCCUGCGGCUACACCUCAAACGCUUCCGGUGGUCCGGUCGGAACCACAGGGAGAAGAUCGGUGUCCACGUGGCUUUUGAUCAGGUCCUGAAUAUUCAACCAUACUGUUGCUCGGACGCCGCUCCGAUGCCGCAGAGAGAAGCCUUUACCUAUGACCUUUCUGCUGUAGUGAUGCAUCAUGGGAAAGGCUUUGGCUCAGGGCACUACACGGCCUACUGUUAUAACACUGAAGGAGGUUUCUGGGUUCACUGUAACGACUCUGAGAUGAACGUGUGCAGUGUGGAGGAGGUGUGCAGCACUCAGGCCUACAUCUUGUUCUACACACAACGCUCCUCUUAAACCUGUCUGUCUCUCUAUCUGUCUCUCUUUCUUCUCUCUUUACCUGUCUCUCAUUGGAGGUCUGUUCCUGACAUCAGCAGUGAGACUCAGAGAUUGAUUGGUCUCUGCUGGCACAGUCACACUUUAUCCAGGGCAUUCAGGACCAAACUACUCACCGUCAGGGUCCAGAACAGCAGGGACAUAGACACACACACACACUGAAGUCCCUCUGCUGUCGAAGAGAGACAGACGGAUCAUCCUGGAGAGAAAAAUGCGACAGCAAUAUGAUCAUCAAACACUCUGAAUCAGGAAUUCUUCACCUUUGAUACUGCGACUGUUUUCUACUCUCUUUCUAUUUGGGACGGAAAAAAUCAGGAAAACAGAGAAAGCCUCUUCAUUUACGUCAGUGGUAAAUGACUGAACAAUCUUAUGACGCUGAAUGUCUUUAGUUGUGUAUGUAUGUGAGUGUGUGUUGAGUGGAAGUGUGUGACUGCUGACCUCUGACCUUUGUCCUUUAUUGUGAGAGAACCUGUUAUCAACUUUAUUGAUCUUGUGGGAUCUUCCUGAUGAUAGUGAAUAAAGAAAAAAAUCAUGAAACCUUUA